AUGGACACUGUGAUUGUAUGUACGGGAGUGGCUAACGUGGCCUCUGUGGCAGCCUCACUCAAGCGGGCUGGCGCCAAGCCAAGGACCUCGAUCGAGUCGGCUGACGUAGCCAGCGCUCCGCUGGUUGUUAUUCCCGGCGUGGGCACUUUUGGUGCCUCUAUGGACGCUCUUGCCUCGUCCCCUGGCCUCAUCGAUGCCAUCAAGGCCCGUCUCGCUAGCAACCUUCCUACUUUGUUUGUUUGCGUCGGUCUCCAAAUUCUCGCUGCUUGCUCUGACGAGUCUCCCGGCGUCAAUGGCCUCGGUGUCUUGGCUAGCGCCAACGUCGUCAAGUUUGACAACGUCGCCUCGCGGCCCAUUCCACAGCAGGGAUGGGCAAAGGUCAAGCCUAUGGCGUCUGCUGCAGGCGACAUUAUUUCUCGACCGGGCUACGCCUUUUUCUCCAACUCGUUCUGCCUCCGAUCCGUUCCGCUCGGCUGGUCCGCUGCCAUCGCCUCUUACGGCUCCGACUACGUCGCUGCCCUCCAGCGCGGCAACGUCCUCGCCACCCAGUUCCACCCUGAACUCUCGGGCUCGUUCGGUCUCGCCAUCCUCAAGGCAUUUGUCGACCUCGCGCGCGCCCCGCUUCCGGUCCCGGAUCCCAUCGCCCCGCCGCACACCCGCCGCAUCAUCCCCUGCCUCGACUGCAAGGACGGCCGCGUAGUCAAGGGCGUCCAGUUUGAAGGCCUGCGCGACGCCGGCGAUCCCGUCGAGCUUGCCCGCGCCUACGAGGCCCAGGGCGCCGACGAGCUGGUCAUUCUCGACAUCUCCGCCACGCCCGAAGCCCGUGCCACCGCCCUCGACAUGAUCCGGUCCCUCCGUGCUUCUGUCCUCCUCCCCAUGACCGUCGGCGGCGGCGUCCGCUCCGUCGACUCGGCCCAGGCCCUACUCGAGGCCGGCGCCGACAAGAUCGCCGUCAACACCGCCGCCGUCCGUGACCCGGCGCUCAUCUCCCGCCUCGCCUCCCGCUUUGGCUCGCAGUGCAUCGUCAUUGCCGUCGACGCACGCUCGGCUGACUCGACGGCCUCCGGCUGGGAGGUUGUCGUCAAGUCCGGCUCGGAGCGGACUGGCAUCGAUGCCAUCGAGUGGGCCGCCCGCGCCGCCGCCGCCGGCGCCGGCGAGAUUCUCCUCACCUCGUUUGACCGCGACGGCACCCGCUCCGGCUACGACACCAAGCUCCUCGCCGCCGUCUCCGCCGCCGUCUCAAUCCCGGUUGUUGCCUCGGGCGGCGCCUCGUCGCCGGAGCACAUGGUCGCCGCCAUCGCCGCCGGCGCCGAUGCCCUCCUCGCGGCAUCCAUCUUCCACUACGGCGACUACACCGUCGGCUCGAUCAAAUCGGCCCUCUCGCUCCUGGAUCCGUCGCUCUCGGUCCGCCCGCCGUCGUUUGCACCCGACGCCGCGACCAAGCUCCACCUCUCACCGCCGCCGCAGGCCGUCGUUCCCUCCAUCGACCUCAUGGGCGGCCGUGCUGUCCAGCUUGUCGGCGGUGAUCCCGAGAAGCUCAAGAUCGACGCCGGCAGCGAGCUCGACGCCCUUGCAGCCAAGUUUGCCCUCGCCGGCGAGAUCGCGGUCAUCGACCUCGACGCCGCCCUCUCGCGUGGCUCCAACAAGGACGCCAUCGUCGAGCUCUGCAAGCGCUACCCAUGCCGAGUCGGUGGUGGCAUUCGCUCCGUCGACGCCGCCCUCGACUACCUCCAGGCCGGCGCCCGCUCGGUCAUCAUCGGCACCGCCGCUAGCCCCGAACUCCUCGCCCAGCUCCCGCGCGAUCGCGUCCUCGUCGCCCUCGACGCCGUUCACGGCGAGGUAGUGGUGGACGGGUGGACGACCAAGACCGGCGAGUCGGUUGCAGACCGGGUCACCGCCCUCGCGCCGUACUGCUCCGGCUUCCUCGUCACCUUUGUCGAGCGCGAGGGCCGCAUGGUUGGCAUCGACCGCUCCGCCAUUGCCGACCUUGUCGCCGUCAUUGCUGCCGCCUCGACUUCCCUCGGCCUCCCGCUCUCGCUCACCAUUGCCGGCGGCAUCACCUCGCCUGCUGACCUUGCCGACCUCUACGCCCUCGGCGCCAUGGGCCAGGUCGGCAUGUCGCUCUACUCGGGUGAGCUCUCACUUGGAGACGCCAUCGCCGCCCCGCUCGUCUCGGAUCGCGCCGACGGCCUCUUCCCCACCGUCGUCGUUGACUGUCGCGGCCAGCUCCUCGGCCAAGUCUACUCGUCAAAGGCCUCGAUCCGCACCGCUGUCGAUGAGCGCGCUGGCGUUUACUGGUCGCGGAGCCGCGGGCUGUGGCGCAAGGGCGCGUCGUCGGGCGCAACCCAAACGCUCCACGCCAUUGCCCUCGACUGCGACGCCGAUGCUCUCACCUUUGUCGUCUCGCAGGAUGGCAAUGGCUUUUGCCAUGUCCCCUCGCGCCGCGCGUGCUUUGCCGGCGUGCCCAGUCCCGGCGGCUCGCUCGAUGCGCUCGGCGAUCUCUACCGCACCCUCGUGUCCCGGCUGGAGAGCGCCCCGCAGGGUUCGUACACCAAGAAGCUCUUUGACAAGCCAUCCAUGCUCGCCGCAAAGAUCGAGGAGGAGGCCGGCGAGUACAUCGAGGCCCUCGCCGCCCAACCGUUUGAUCCCGCCGCCGCCACUUGGGAAGCCGCCGACGUGCUCUACUUUGUCAUGGUCGGCCUCGUUAAGGCUGGCAUCCCGCUCGUCGACGUCGAGCGCCACCUUGCAUCCCGAUCACUCUACGUCAAGCGCCGCGGAGGCGCUGUCAAGCCCAAGGCUGCCCCUCUCGAGCCCGCCGCCGUCGAUGGCGGCUCGGGGCCGUCCAUCCCGGCACCAGCACCCACAGGCUCUCCCACGCCAGCGCUCCGGCAAGUCGCCGCCGCGGACGUCUUGUCCGGCAAGACCUCGGCGUACGUCGAUGCUGUUGAUGCCGAAGCGCUCAAGGUCGCACGGUCCAUCCUUGCGCGCAUCGAAGCCGAUGGCGAGUCGGCGCUCCUCGAGCUCGCGACCAAGUUUGGCGACCUCUCUGAUGCAGACGAGUACUGGCGGGAUGAGCAACGGUACGUGCUCGGGCCAGCCGAGUUUGCCGCAGCCUAUGAGAGUAUUCCCGAGGCCGAACGUAAGGUGCUCCGCCGAUGCGCCGGGCGGAUCGAGACCUUUGCGCUCGCGCAGAAGCAGUCGCUUCACCCGCUCACUCUCUCCAUCGCCGGCGGCGACAUCGGCCACUCGAUCUCGCCGGUCACGCGCGCAGGUUGCUACGCGCCCGGUGGCCGCUACCCGCUGCCGUCGACGGUGCUCAUGACGGCUGUGACGGCGCGGGUCGCCGGCUGCGCCGACGUCAUUGUCGCGUCGCCGCAUCCUGCGCCCAUCAUUCUGGCCGCCUGCCACGUCGCCAAGGUCGACAAGCUGCUGACGAUCGGCGGCGCCCAGGCUAUCGGCGCCAUGGCCUACGGCGCGGGCGCCGUGCCGGCCUGCGACGCCAUUGUCGGUCCAGGAUCCAAGUGGGUCACCGCCGCCAAGUCACUCGUGGCCGGCUCGGUUGCCAUCGACAUGCUCGCCGGCCCGUCUGAGUGUCUGGUCCUCGCCGACGCAUCCGCCGAUCCGGGGCUCAUCGCCGCCGACCUCCUCGCCCAGGCUGAGCACGACGUCGCCGCCGUGCCGAUCCUCGUCACGCCCGAUGCGUGCGUGGUCGAUGCGGUCAAUGCUGCGCUCGCUUCCCAGAUCGCCUCUGGUGAGCUUGGGCCCAACGCAGCGACCGCGACGACCGCGCUCGCCAACAACGGGUUCUCGGUCAUUGCCGCCAACAUGGAUGAGGCGGUGGCGGUGGCCAACGCGCUUGCGCCCGAGCACCUGGAGAUCCAGGUUGACGGGGGCAAACAUGAUCUGGCACGGCUGACUGAGGAGCUGGACAACUACGGAUCGCUAUUUGUGGGCGCCGGCUCGGCCGAGGUGCUCGGCGACUACUCGGUCGGCGUCAACCACACGCUGCCAACCGGUGGGAGCGCCAAGGCCUUUGGCGGCCUCUCGGUCCUCACCUUCCUCCGGGUCCGGACCUUUGUCCACAUGACGGACAUGGGUGCCGCGGGCGACAUCGUGGCCGAUGCGGUGGCGCUCGCGUCGAUGGAGGGUCUGCUCGGCCACGCGGCUGCGGCCAAAGCACGCCUCGCGCUGGUCGGCACCGAGAAGAGCGGAUCUAUCUCGCGCUCGCGGGCCGGAUCGGCCAGCGCCGUCGGCACUGCAGGCGUCGCCCUCCCGGCCGCCAACGAGAGCGGCGCUGUCAUCAAGUUUGCGCUGCCCAAGGGCCGGAUGAACGAGAACAUCCUCUCACUCCUCGCAGACGGUGGAAUCAAGGUUAAGAUCCGGGCCCGGUCGCUGCGGCCGUCGAUCAACCUCGACGGAUGGGACGUCAAGCUGCUCAAGCCGCGCGACACGGUCCGGCUCAUCCAGGCCGGCAAGCGCGACAUGGGCUUUGCCGGCGUCGACCUCAUCGCCGAGCUUGAGGCCGGCGGCGAGGUGGUGCCAUACUUUGCCACCGGCAUGGACCCGGUCCGGGUUGUCGUCGCCGCGCCGGAUGCCCUCCUCGCUGCCCACGGCGGCUCGCUCCCCACCGAUCGCAAGCUUGUCAUCGCCACCGAGUACGUGACGCUCACCAAGAAGUGGAUCGCGGACACCGGUCUCGACGCGUCGUACAUCAAGACCGGCGGUGCGACCGAGGUCUACGUGCCCGACGACGCCGAUGUCAUCAUCGACAACACUGCCACCGGAGAGACACUCAAGGCUAACCGGCUCUCCAUCAUCGACGUCAUUAUGACCUCGGAGACGUAUCUGGUGGCGUCCAAGGCCGCGCUUGCCGACCCGGUCCGCAAGGCCGAGAUCGAUCGCUUCGUCCUCCUCCUCAAGUCGGCCCUCGAUGGCCGCUCGCGCGUCAUGAUCGAGUUCAACGUCGACGAGAGCCUGCUCGAGGAUCUCAUCCCCUCGCUCCCCGCGCUCAAGAACCCGACCGUGGCGCAGCUCUACGGCGGCCACGCCUUUGCCGUCCGCACCGCCGUCCAGCAAAAGGCGCUCACCACCCUCAUCCCACAGCUGAAGAUGGGCGGUGCAUCCGACAUCGUCGUCACUCCCAUCCAGCAGCUCAUCCUGUAG